AUGUGUAAAGACGCUUUCAAAAUUUUAUGCUUUAUGUUUAUCUUGUGUGGUUUUCAUUAUAAAGCUUGGCAAAUAACUGAUGCCAAAAAAUUGCGUUCACAUCUAUUAGACGGAUAUGUGAAAGACAUCUUUCCCAUACAAAAUGAAACUGAUUCUUUGAAUCUUCAUAUUUUUUUUCAUUUAUUUUCCAUUGAUUCAUUUAAUGAGGUUGAAGGAAGAAUAAUUGUAACAGCGGCACUUCGAAUAAUAUGGAAAGAUCCUUCGUUGUCGUGGGAUCCUGAUUUAUAUGGAGGCAAAGAAAGUCUUUAUAUUUCGUCCGAUCAAAUAUGGACGCCACUAUUAUAUCUUCUAUAUACACCAGAUGAAAUGAAAUCUGUUGGAGAGGACAUUGAGUAUGUUAUUUUAAUACUUCACGAUGGAACCGUUUCUUAUUCGCCUGGAGGUGUAAUGAAUACAAAAUGUGAUACAGAUGUCUCUCGAUUCCCAUUUGAUGUUCAAACAUGUAGUCUAAAUUUUGUAACUUGGGGAAUAGCAUCAGACAUUUUGAUUUUGUUAAAUCAUUUUAAUUAUGCUGGAACUGAAUAUUAUGUAGACAAUCCUGAUUGGAAGUUGAUAAACACGGAGACAUACGCUUAUGAUGAAGGCGGCUACCUUGCUAAGAUAACCAUCAAACGAAAUUCUUUUUACUAUGUUAUAAUGGUUAUAUUGCCUAUGAUGUUGUUCUCUAUUCUAAAUCCACUUGUCUUUUUACUACCAACAGAAUCAGGUGAACGUAUGUCUCUAGCUAUUUCAAUUUUGUUAUCAUAUGCAAUUUUUCUGACCAUAAUGUCAUCGACGAUACCAGCGACAUCAAAUCCAAUAUGUUACUUGUUAGUGGCCAUGAUCGCUAUCAUAUUUGUCAGCGGAAUCAUUAUUAUACUUCUUAUAAUAUCAGCUGCAUUUUACUAUGAGGAGAAAGUGAAAAUAUCUAAUUGUUAUAAAUUAGUUCUAAAAUUUGACGAUAGACGAGACAUGUCAAAUAAUGAGUACCUUUCAGGGAAACAGAUGUCUAAAAUACUGGACAAACAAUUUAUUGUGAUAUCGUAUUCAUUACUUACUGUUGUCAUGUUAACAUUGUUUAUACUGAUCGUUAAUUAGAUAAGGUCUCUCACGAUCUGAUUAUGCAAUGUACGAACAAAAGUUUAGCUCUU